AUGAGACGGUUCACUUUGUUCCUGCUGGCCAUCCAGAGCUGGGUGCUCACCACCCUAGCAAUCCGGAAUCCCAUUAUCACCGGAUGGAACCCUGAUCCUUCGAUUCUCCGUGUGGGAGGCGAGUAUUUCCUCGCAACCUCGUCAUUCGAGUACUGGCCUAGCACACCGAUCUACAAGUCCAAAGACCUGGCCAACUGGGAGCUCUUCUCCCAUGCAUUCACCAGACCGGAGCAGCUUCAGCUAUACGGAACUCCGACAGGUGCAGGUGGACCGGCAGGUGCUUGGGCUCCAACGCUCUCCUACAUCAAUGGAAAAUACUACCUCGCUGCAAUGACGCGAUGGACAUACGACCCAGUCGCCCGAGUGUGGCCACGAGUGAUGUGGGUGUCGUCCCGCGACCUCAGGACCUGGUCGGACCCCAUCUGGGGUGACCCAUGGGGCAUUGAUCCCUCAUUAUUCCAGGAUCCUGUCUCGCAGAAAGUGUACUUGAACCUGAUGGCCCCCAACAACAACAAGGACCGCAUUUGGGGAAUUUACCAGUGUGAAGUAGAUAUCGACAGUGGUCGCUGUGGCACAGACGACCUUCACCGUGCCAGUAUCGCACGCUCCCUGGCUCCAGAAGGUCCCUGGGAGCCCGCGCCGCACAAUCCGAUUCUUUUCAAUGGAGCGUACGGCUAUGAUAACCUCACCGUACAAUCCACUGGCCAUGCGACCAUCUUCGAGGCGGCAAAUGGCGACAGUUACGUGGUUUACCUCGCGCGGCGCAAGAUCAAUGGCUCGUCGCCUCUGGGCCGGGAAACCUUCAUGUCACCAGUCACCUGGAAAGAUGGAUGGCCGAUGAUCAAUGGCGGGAAUCCAGUCCUUCUCAGUGAAUCCUUCGGUGCUUCGCACGACCAGAAACCACCACCACCACGUUUCAUCGACACAUUUGACCAGAAGACGCUUGAUCCCUCCUGGUACACAUUGCGGACUCCGUACGCGCCCAUCUACGACCUGAAGGACGGUGGCCGAAAGAAGUCUCAUGGAAUUGUCUUCCGACCGAACGUUUUCGGUCUAAGCGACCGAGACACCCCAGCAGCAAUUCUACGAAAACAAAAGUCGCUGAAUAUGACCUUUAGCGCGCAGUUGCUACCCACGACGUCCGGGCUGGGUUACGGCGAGACUGUCGGGAUCAGUGCCUAUUUGAGUGAGCUGCAACAUCAGGACAUUGGAGUGUCGGGCUGUGUGAAUAGUACUGGCAUGUGCAUCUUCACUCAGUUGAUGAUGAAUGGGACAACUGAGUAUAAGCAGGUCAAGCUGAACUCGACGUCGAUUCCAUCGGAUCUGACACUCCAUAUCCGCGCAACGCCCCUCUCCUACAAACUUGGAUACAGCUUUGGAUCAGAUGAGACCAUCACCUGGCUGGCGUCGCUGUCAUCGUCUUGGUUGGCAUUCGCUCCAUCGGGUUGGUUUGUGUUCGAGGGAGCGAGUUUUGCUUUGUUUGCGACCGGCACUGGACAGCCGUGGCCGCCACAUGCGCCAGAAGUAGGGUUUUCGCAAGUCACGGAGACAUACUAUGACGAGGAUAUUCCUAAUUAUGACCAGUGGUCUGUAUAA